CUCGGAUCAAUUCUAGUUUGGUCCGAAAGACAACCUUGAGGAAAUAAGAGAUUGAAGAAAGAAGACUUUGAAGAAGACAAGCAAAUCAAGAAGAUGAAGUUUGGCAUCGCAAUUAUUGCUGCUUUGGUGAUUUUUCUUUCCCCAUCAGUAAACGGUGCGGAAAGCGACGUGGUUCGUGUUUUUGACAAAAAGACGCAGAUGAGUGGCGAAAAAGUGAUGGAAUACCUGAAGCAGGCUGACCUCGAGAAGUAUGGAUUUAAGAAAACCGUCGAAGAGUCCACGGAGACUGAUGAAAAUGGUAAGAUAACCAAAAAGACGACCAUUUACUAUUUGGUCACCGAUGAUUGCUCCAGGGUUUGGUUCUGGGAGAGCAUUUUGGAGCAACGUUUGCCAGCAGAGUUGAGAAACUCGAAGCUCGCUUCAACCAUCGUGAAAGAGGUCAAAGAUCGUAUCACCGGUCGCAAGACAAAGACCUGCAAAGUUGGCCUGGAAAUUCAUCCAAAUCGUUGCUCAGGAAAAGCUUGCGGAAAUGACCGGGGCAAACGUGGUAUCGCAGGUGCCAUGCAUUUUUUCUGUUGGUCUGCCUCCAUUAAUUACGCUAAUUAACUAGCUUACCAACUGUCAUUUUAAAGGCUUUAAUAAUCAUUUGGAAAUGGGACGAGAAUAAGGACUAAGAGUUGAUAUUAAAUAAUUGUGUAGUGUUUUGUAGUAUUUUGAACUACUGUACUAACGGUAUAGUUUUUUGUCAGUAUAUCAAAUAAACGCAUAUUUAGCUCGG